GAAAAAAAACCCUUUCUCCCUCUUCUCUUUCUCUUACACCCGCGCUUCUUCCUCCAUAAACCUCCUAUGUAUUUUUCUCCGUUUUCUCUCUCCUCAUUCAAAAACCCUCAUUUUCUCUCUCUUUUCAACCAUUUUGGGGAAUACCCAGAUACCAUUUUUGCUCAUAAUAAAAGAUAAAUGGAGUUCUUGCCCGAUGCUGUUCUCGAAUAUAUAUUGUCAUAUAUCAACAAUGCCAGAGAUGUAGCUUCUUGUAUUUCAGUUUCGAAGAGAUGGCAAGAAUCGAUACCGUAUAUUAAAAGGCUCUAUUUUCCUCGUAAUAUUUUUGACACUUCAUUGAGUAGAAAUAGUGCUAAUGUUAAUCCUGAUGAAACCAUAUUGAGAAUUGUAUCAAUGGUAGAAAAGUUAGAAGAGCUUAUUGUAUACUGUCCUUUCUCAAGUUCUGGGUUGACAUCAUGGCUUUCGGUAGCUAGUAAGUCCCUUAAACAUCUUGAGCUAAGGAUAGACGGUCUCUCGGAGAAUCCAGCUUUCCCCCAAGAUUCAACUAGUAAAUUGGAUUGUUUAGGCGCUGCAAAUAAUCUUGAAUCUUUAACGUUGUGGGGAGUGUUUAUGUCUCAACCUCCAAGGUGGGAAGUAUUCCAUAAUCUUCGGAAUCUUGAAAUUGUUGGGGUGAGGAUGGAAGAUCAUACAUUGGUAGAUGCCCUUAAAUUUUGUCCUAAUGUGAAUCGCUUGUCACUCCUUGGAUGUGAAGGAGUGAGGUCAGUUUCAAUAAAUUUGAAAGAUUUGGAGGAAUGUAGAUUGGACUUCUAUGGUAUAGGAAACAAUUCCGUCUUCAUUUCUUGUCCGAAGCUAACGAACCUUGAAAUUCAAGGGGGUUCUUCUAUAAGGGUUCCUGAAACUAAACGUCUUCGGAAUAUGUCCAUCUCCAAUAGUGGAGGGAAAGUAUGCUUGGUUGAUUUCGGAAAGCUUGUGGCACUUGAAACCUUGUCUAUGAGAGGAGUUCAAUGGCGUUGGGAUGCCAUAAGCAAAAUGCUUGAAUUAGCUUCUGAAGUGAAGCAUCUAUUCAUGAAGGUUGAAUUUACAGGGGAUUUCGAAAAUCUUAUAGCCUUUCCUGCAAUUGAUUUUGCAGAGUUCUUUAAUGCUCAUCCCAAACUUAAGAAGUUUGAUAUCCAUGGAGCUAUGUUUGCUGCACUUUGUUCAAGAGAUAGCUUGAAAAAUAUUGAUUCAAAUUUUACGAUUCCAUGUUUGGAAGAGGCGGUAAUAACCAUAAGAUCGCCAUUGAACGCAGAACAGAAAAUCAGUACUCUCGAGUCCAUUGUAAAGUACGCGGGAAACCUUAAGAAGUUGGUGCUAAAGAUUCUUCAAAUGAAGAGUUGCCAUAACGGUACUGAUGAUUUCUUUGAGGAUGUCUGGAAAUUCACACACAUUCACCGUAAAAUUGCUCGUAUAGAAUAAGACUCCAUAUCUAUUCAAUGUAGCCUUUCCACAUUAUUGCUUGUUACAUGUUGUUGAUCAUUUUUAACUGAUAAUUGUAUCAAUUUCUUCCUGAUUAAUCUGAAUUUGUUGUCACAUAUUCUUCAUGUUCUCCCUACCAACUAAGAAGUUCAAAUUCAUCUUCAUUCAUUUUAUUUGAACUUUGAGUAUGGAAAGAUUCCAAUGCUUGUAUGGA